UUUUUUCUUAAGAAUCGAGAGAUAUCUCUUGAAGUAAAUCUUCUGAACUGACUCGAUCGAUUCUACAAACUUGGAAAUAAACAAAAUCUUGCAAUCUAAAUACUUUAUAUUUUGUUUAAAAAAAGAGCCCCACACAGGAUCAAACUUUGCAAGUUUUUUUCUUAUACAUUUGCUUUGAAUCAAAUCUUGAAAUCGACUCUACAAACUUGGAAAUCAAGAAAAAACUACAACACGAUAAUUUGCAAAACAAACAAACAAACAAACAAACAAACAAAAAGGCACAUAUUUUUUAUGAAUCUAUGUUUGUCGUCACUUAAAUCCUUGAUUCGACUCCAUAAACCUGGAAAUCAAAAAUGUUGCAAUAAAACCUAAAAAAGUCACACAGGAUCAAAUUAUCCUUGGCACCUUUGUCUUUCAAACCUAUGUAUUUGCCUUAAAUCAAAUUUUGCAUUCGACAUGAACUUGGGCUCCGGUCGCGCACCUUCCUUCUCUUCCCGUCCGAGGCUGAAGGCUCGCUUCUGCGCGAAGCCCGUUUUGAGGAAUGCACGCUCGUCUUGCACUAGCAUUCCUGCCUCCUCCUAGACAUCACAUCCGGGUCACUCGGCAGUCAGCGUGUAAGCGAGCGUGCUCCUCCAUACAGUUGCGUACUGCCGCUGCAGCUCUCAGCGCAACUCCACCGCAUGCAACAUGGACACUGCGAGCAGCGGCCAGCCGCGGAGGAUCUGAGCGCGCCUCGGGACUCGCGAUACGCCACACCGGGGCAGGGAUGAGGUGCCGUCCAGCAGCCGCACACUGGUAGGCGAGUCGUCAAUUGUCAGCGAUGUCAAAGAGUCUGAAGAAGAAGAACCACUGGACGAACAAAGUCCACGAAGCGGUGCUCAGCAGGAAUAAGGAAGGCGAGCUGGGGUUCGACUUGAAAGGGGGCGCCGAGAACGGCAAUUUCCCUUAUUUUGGGGAGGUGAAGCAGGGUAAGGUGGCCAUCCAGAGCGGCAAGCUGUCCCAGGACGAGCUGCUCUUGGAGGUCAACGAUACACCGGUGGCGGGGCUCACCAUCAGGGAUGUGCUGGCCGUGAUCAAGCACUGCAAAGACCCGUUCCGGCUGAAGUGCGUGAAGCAAGGCGGUGUUGUGGAUAAGGAUCUCCGACAUUAUCUCAACCUACGGUUCCAGAAGGGUUCAGUGGACCACGAGCUUCAACAAAUAAUACGCGACAACCUCUACCUCCGGACUGUGCCGUGCACAACGAGACAGCCCAAAGAGGGAGAGGUCCCAGGUGUGGACUACAACUUUGUGAGCGUUGAGCGGUUUAUGGAAUUAGAGAAAAGUGGGGCUUUGUUAGAAAGUGGAACAUACGAAGAUAACUUCUAUGGCACGCCAAAGCCUCCUGCCGAACCCACGCCGAUGCUGUUUAAUGUGACGGACCAACUCUUGCCCGGUGCCCGACCCAGUGCAGAGGGAAAAAGGAAGAGGAAUAAGUCCGUCAGUAACAUGGAGAAGGACAGCAUCGAGCCACCAGAAGAGGAGGAGGAAGAGAGCCCCGUCGUCAACGGCAACGGCAUCGCCAUCACACCAGAAUCAAGCGAACACGAGGAUAAGAGCACUGAUGCUUCUGGAGACGUUCCCGUCCAGCCAUGCCCACCCGAGACGCCCACCCUCACCGCCACAGAUGCCCCUGAGGAGGAAGGAGACGCCCCCAAGUCCCCGCAGGACUCCCAGGAGAAUGACGAACUGGGACCUUUGCCAGAUAACUGGGAGAUGGCCUACACUGAGAAAGGAGAAGUUUACUUCAUAGAUCACAAUACCAAAACGACGUCAUGGCUCGACCCUCGACUAGCGAAGAAAGCCACCCCGGAGGAGUGUGAGGAAGAUGAACUUCCAUAUGGCUGGGAGAAAAUAGACGACCCUAUUUAUGGCAGUUACUAUGUUGACCACAUUAACAGAAGGACACAGUUUGAGAACCCCGUCCUAGAGGCCAAACGAAGGAUGCAACAGCAACAGCAAAUGCAAAGUCAAGGUCUAUCGGCGCUGCCAUUGCCCACAAUAUAUAGAGAAAAGCCCCCGUUCACGAGAGACGCCACACAACUCAAAGGGACGUUUCUCACCACGGUGCUACAGAAGAGCAACAUGGGAUUCGGCUUCACCAUCAUUGGUGGGGACGAGCCGGACGAGUUCCUGCAGGUCAAGAGCGUCAUACCUGAGGGACCUGCAGCCCAAGAUGCCAAGAUGGACACAGGUGAUGUAAUCGUCUAUAUCAACGACAUCUGUGUUUUGGGCACAACCCAUGCUGACGUGGUGAAGCUUUUCCAGUCCGUCCCCAUUGGCCAGAGUGUCACCCUGGUGCUGUGUCGAGGUUACCCUCUCCCUUAUGACCCAGAAGACCCCUCCGCUAGCUCCUCCAUGCCCCCCUUGGGCCUAGUGGAUCACCCGUUGCUGCUCAAUGGAAGGAACAACUAUGAAAAUUACAUGGAGUACAUGUCUUUGACUGGACGUUUAGUGCCCGAGCACGGCGAGGGCCUUACCCCGCAUCCCCAUCCUGGAGACACACACCUGGACGGCUCUCAGCCUCCAUCCCUGACCACACCGGGACCCCCACCUGAAGACAGCAUCUCCAUGGCGUCCUCCUCAGGAGCAACCGCCGGUGCUCAAGUGGCCCCUGAACUUCUGAGUCUCACUAUAACCAAAGGCACAGAGGGCUUCGGGUUCACCAUCGCUGACAGUCCCACAGGACAAAGAGUCAAACAGGUUCUGGAGCCUCAGGGUUGUCCGGGGUUAUGUGAAGGAGAUUUGAUGGUGGAGAUUAAUCAGAAGGGUCUCCAGGGACUCAACCACACACAGGUGGUGCAGCUGCUCAAGGACUGUCCAGUGGGAACAGAGGCUACGCUUGUCAUUCAGAGAGGAGCAGCAGCAGGCCUCUACACACCCUGGGAUCCCACAAAACAGUGGGACCCUCAAGGAAGCCCCCAGACCAGCUUGUCGGCUGCUCUGCUCCCCCACGGUGCCCCACAUCCCGGCCAGACGCUCCACCGCUCCUCCGUUCCAGACACAGAGGCCUUCCACCUGGGCAAGCCGGACCCCUACGACCUCUAUGAGAAGUCACGGGCCAUUUAUGAAAGCAGACGUGUGGAGUAUCAGGAAGUGGAGGUGCACCUGCUGCGGGAGAAGACCGGCUUCGGUUUUAGGAUCCUGGGUGGAGACGAGGCGGUGCAGGCUAUUGUGAUCGGAGCAAUCAUAGAGAACAGCCCCGCGGAGCGCGACGGCAGAUUGCGUCCAGGAGAUGAGCUGGUCUCGGUUGACAGGAUGCCCGUGGCGGGGAGACCACACCGCUACGUCAUCGACCUCAUGCACGCGGCCGCACGAAACGGACAGGUCACCCUGACCGUCAGGAGGAGAGUUCUGCUGCAGCAGGGCCAGCCGUGUGAGGAAAACGGCGCAGUGGCCAAUCAAAGCAGUUCUCCCCGGGGUCAUGCCGUGUGCCCCGUCAACUUGCCCCCCACCACUGAUGUAGUUAUCCAUCGUAAGGAAAGUGAAGGCUUUGGUUUCGUCAUCAUCAGCUCUCUUAAUCGUCCAGAGACCACAAACACAAUAACUGUGCCACAUAAGAUCGGCCGCAUCAUCGAGGGCAGUCCGGCUGAUCGCUGUGGGAAGCUGAAGGUUGGUGAUCGUAUUAUGGCUGUCAACUGUCAGUCCAUCAUCAACAUGCCUCACGCUGACAUUGUCAAGCUGAUCAAAGACGCUGGACUCACUGUCACCUUGCACAUCAUCCCUGAAGAAGACGUAAACGGUGCUCAUUCAGCCCCUACAUCAGAGAAGCAGAGUCCCAUGGUGGUCCAGAAGCACAGCCCUCAGACUCAGUCCAGCCCAGCAGCCCAGCAGAGCCCGACCGUGGCUCAUCCCAGCCCACCAGCCCCCCACCCCAGCCCGGCCACCACACAGCCCAGUCCCCUGCUGAUGGAGCCGGGCCCUGGAGCUCCGCACAGCAGCCCACCAGUGACUCAGAGCAGUCUGCCUGUGAGUCAGGCCGGGCUGGAGGCCAUGCAGUCGGGCUCAGGGGUGACUCAGGCUGCUGCUGCUGCUGCUGUGGAUCCCAGCAUACCCGGAGUUCAGCCCACCUCCAUCGGAUCAGUGCCAGUCCCACCACAGCUGUACCUUCAUGACACCAGGUCGGAGGUUAAAGCCAGGCAGGAUGUUAAACCAGAUAUCUGCCAAGCUGCAUAUACAGACUACAGACAGCCUCCGGUGGACUACAGACAUCCUCCUGUAGCAGACUACAGACAGCCGCCCACCAUGGAGUACAGACACCCCCCUGCUCUCAUAGACUACAGACAGCACUCCAUCGCCGAUUACAGACCACAGGACUAUGACUAUUUCACUGUGGAACUGGAGAAAAGUGUGAAGGGAUUUGGCUUUAGCAUCCGCGGAGGACGGGAAUAUAAGAUGGACCUGUUUGUGCUGAGACUGGCUGAGGAUGGACCUGCGAUCCGCAACGGCAGAAUGAGGGUCGGAGAUCAGAUUAUUGAAAUUAACGGUGAGAGUACGAGAGACAUGAGUCACGCUCGCGCCAUCGAGCUCAUCAAAGCCGGCGGCCGUCGAGUACGUCUGCUGUUGAAAAGAGGCACGGGGCAGGUGCCGGAAUACGGAAUGGUACCUACCAACCUUACCAUGUGCAUGAAAAGCGACACUCUAGCCUCACCCUAUUUCUUCAUAAUGGGACACUCUAAAGACACGUGCCGCCUCCCGGAGUGCUGUCUCUCCAGCCACCCCUGCCUUGUCGGAAGUAGUCUCACCCCGCUAGCGUGACACUCGCCCUUUCGCCGUCAGCCGUCAUCUCAUCCAGCCUCAAACCCUGGACUUUCAGAGGCAUCCUGUGACAGUCUGGACCAAUCACAGCGCCCCUGGUGGUCAGUUUUGUGGGGCUUCGCCCGCAGAACAAAGGGUGGCAGGUCCACCUGUAAGAGCUGUGCUUUGAACAGCCUAAAAAAACGGAGGAGACGGAUCAUAAAAGUCGAAAUUAUUAAGAACAGAUGGAGACACAUCAACCUCAAAUGGACUGUCGCAUCCAACUUGCUUUUCAUAUAGUCUCUGAUCCAAGUUCGUUUUUCGUUUUUUCCGGACGAUUCCAGAUGAACGGCAGCCAAAGACGCGUGGCUCGCCCUCUCGCUGUUUAAUUCUGGAUCCAGAGCGGAAACUUCUCGCAGGGGAACGAGCCGAACUUUCAACGCCUCGUUCUUCCGUCCGGCGGACCCGAGCUCUCUUUGUUUGUUUAUCAUGUAGAGGUUGUUUAUUUUUUGUAUAAUUUCAAGAUGUUCAUACCAAACCCCUAGCGAUACCGGGGGUCAAAUAUCGCAAAUAUAUGUGUAGCAUGAAAAGAGAUUUCUGAAGAAACACACAAACUUCUGAGUUGAGAACUAAGCAUUGCGUUUCGUUAUAUGUCUGAUGGGAAAAAAAAGUCACCAUAGACAUUGUGAAACACUUGACAGUAAAUUUAAAGGGAGACCGCCAUGAUGGAGGUACAAGGGUAAGUAUCAUGCCUGAAUUACGGGAGGCAAAUGCAUAUCAAUCGCCAAAUCUGUCACAUGGACGUAUCCCUUUAGAUCCCAAGACGAUAUGUUACGUUAGUAUGGUUUAGUCGGUGAAUUCUACACCCAGCCAAACGUUCGCUACAUCGCGAACUGAACCGAAGAGGACCGCGGAUGUUUUGGAAGCCUCGGUGUGUCAUUGGCCCUGUACUGUGCAGCACCACUGUGGAUCUGGGGUGCCAUCUUACACCUCACAAGCUUCAUUCCCAUGUCUCUGAUGGCUCCGAAGUUCAAGAAAGCUAAUUAGCGGAGCUAAUUAAAAAAAAAAAAAAAAAGAGAUGGUUUUUCAGGACAGUUUGGUCUGAGACCAGGAGAUAUGCAGUCUUUCGCCGUGUCCUAACCAAGUACGACUUGACAAAUAAUUUGCCUGUUUGCCGUGAAAAUGCCACAAAAUCACAUUCAUCCAGAACUUAUUUGACAUGUAGACAGCCACGUGGGUUUUGGGCCAAUAAGACAGCGGUAGGUGGGGCUACAUUUCGGUUUUACACCAAUAUUAUAAAUAUGGACAGAGCUGCACACAGAGAGAUUUGGGAUUUAGACCAAUACCAUAAUUAUGCGUUAUAUAGUUACAAGAUGCACAAUAUUUGGGUAUAUUGGGUGUCUGCCGGUAUAGCUGUUGGUCAGUAUUGGUUACGUAAAUUAUAGAAUUACGUAAUUUGCAGUCUUCUAAAAAUUCAAAUUUAAUGACACUGUUAAAUGAUAGCAAAUAUUCGCAAUGAAUAUAAUUUUUUAAUACCGUACAUUAUAAGUGAUGCCCACAUUUUUUUGUGUGUGUUUUAUAUUUAUUUAUCCUAGAAAAAAUGGUAUGGGAUUUUAAUGUUGAGCAUUUAUCGGUUGUUGCCCUUAACAUGAAAACAGCUGUAUCGAUAUCAGUCAGAAGUUUAUAUCCUGGCCGCUUUGCUUUAGCGCUUCAUCACGUCACGCUUGGUUAAGACACGGUUGAGGUUCAGCCGGGAGCAGAGGCGAUGAAAAGGGGGCAUGAUCAGGGUCUCUCUAGCAUGAAUGGGUGGGACCCAGUUGUAUGGGGCAGAGUGCCUUACUGGCAGGACAAAGAGCAGUAAAAAUAUGCAUUUUACAUAAAAAUAGAAAUAUCUUAAGAGCUGAGCUUUUGUUUUCACCUUUGAUUCGACGGGUGACAAACAUCGCCGAUUUUUUUCUGAUGUUGUGAAAACGUUUCGUUAGUAAAAAAAAAAAAAAAAAAAAACUGUAUAAAGAUGGAAACCUCUGAUCUGGCACACGUGGACAGCGGUAGGGGAAAAUAUAUCAAGGUUUUGUGUUACGGCAAACAACGACUGAUUCGAACCUUUGUCGUUCUGACCUUUUCAUUAGACGGAAGAGACGGCGUUAAUGGGUUUCAUGCGGCGGUAGUGAUCAACAGAAACAUUUACAGCGAUUGAAGCUCACGAGGGUUUGAUGCCAUGCAGUGUUUUGCCUCUUUUUUUGUAUUCAUUUAAUUGUGAAGUUGUCUUAUGCUGCUCUGCACCUGUCGUUCUGAUCACAGGCUGAUAACUGUGCCAAUUCAAUUGUUCUUGAGAUACGUGGAAUGUAAUUCCAGAGCGGUUUUGUAAACCACAGAAUAUCCUGAAAGCUGCGUUCGGGAGCUGCAUUGAACAAGUUGCAUAUCAGUACAAGCUUAUCACAUUCCUCCUUCUUAACACUGCAAAAAAACCCAGUUUUUUUUUUUGGUCUUGUUUUUCUGUAAACAUUAAACAUUCUUAAAACAAGGUAGACUUUUCGGAAAAGCAUUUAUAUAGAUUUGACAACAAAACAAACAGUAUUUUACACUUAAACAAUUGUAGUUGCUUUAUGUAUUGUUUAACAUUAAAUAUUUUUCAUUAAAUAUUCAAAUUAAAGUUUAUUUUUGACGGAAUUAUUUUAAUACUUGGUUAUUCAUUUUAAAUAAAUUUACUUUAUUUAACAAUCAUGCCGAAAUCAAAAUAUGUACGCCAUUUUGAGAUUCUUAAAUCCAACGUAAAGAUUUUUUUUUUUGGAUGGAUAAAUCUUAAAUAAUCUAAAAGUAAUCUUUUUUUUUAACAUGUAUUUUUAUAAUUUGACUUGUUUUAAGCAUAAACUACAAUUAUCCUUAACAUACAGAAAAAAAAACCCUGUUUGCUGACGGUGUAAGAACAAUAAGCCCAAGUCAAUAUAUAUUUUAUCAAUAAAUAUAUCUUAUUUUAAGGAUGUUUAGAUAUUUUUGCUGAAAAACUAGAAACUUUUUUUUUUUUUUUUUUUUUUUUUGCAGUUGAAACAAGAUAGUGUAUAUGUAUGGUUUUGUAGCUAGCACAUAAUACUUGUAGUCUCCAUUGAUUGCCAUCAUUGGGUGCAGUGUGCUAGAUUAAACUGCUGUUUACAUGGAGAGACAGACAGCGAGAAACGGUGAAGGAAAACGUGGAUGCAUUUAUUGCACAGCUCAUAGCUUUUACUGUUUGAAGCUGUAUCCUGCCUGCUGUGAAAAUAAGACAAAGAAGAAGAAGAAGAAGAAGAAAAAAAAACAUUUUAUAUUGAGGAAAAUAUUGAAUCUGUGAAAGAUGGCACGUGCCGGGGCCCAUUCAGAUCAAUAUUACUGUCUAGUGUUAGAUGUGUAUUUACCUUGUACAGCUGUACUCCUAUAAAUAUGGUUUAAUGUAUUAUUGAUAGUUUCAAAGACUAAGUGAUCAAAUAUUUUUAUGAAAUGCAACAGUACGGAUAUAAUAAAUUUUGCUAAAAUCUUGUUUACCUGUAUGAUAUUCUGAUAUACUGUUAAAUAAACUCUUGACAAGGUCUAAAGUUCA